AUGCCUUAUGCACACCCUGAGGAUUCGCGCAAGAAUCCCCAGGGUAGUGUGGGACUCACACCCACUAAAAAAACCAGCGGCCACCCCGGUGCGGGGUUGAGGGGCUCCCCGGAACCACCGCGAGGAGUUGCGCCUCCUAUUCUCCUCCUCAACGUCUUUGCACGCGGUUUCUCCUCCUCGUGCUCCUUCCUGUUCGGAGGGGUCCCGGUUACCGCUGUGGCUGACACUCCGCCCUUCGACGGAGUCGCCCAGCGGGCGGCGGCCCCUCCGCCCCCCGUGCCAGGCAGAACAGAGCUCCGGCGGAACCGUCCCAUCCCGCCACCAAGAGGCAGGGGCCAGGGAAGAAGAAGAGGCGUACGGGGCGAUACCAGCCAACCUAGUAAACCUAGCCCCAGCUAUCUAUCGCAACCUACGACGCCCCGUGCCCCCCCCGGCCCCACCCCAGGCGGCGAAAGGGAGGCCCGCCAGCAGCCUGACCCCCCGGUCCUUUCAGGCCCCUACCUUUGUGGGUAA